UGUGGCGAGGGCGGGGCGAGGCAGUGACUGACAGGUCCGCGUUUCCCACCCCUUCCGCUACUCAGGUCUGACCUUCCUGUAGCCGGGCCCGGCGGAGGCGACUCUGAAGCGACAGGACCCUCUCGAGACACGAUGGUGGCGUACUGGCGACAGGCAGGACUCAGCUACAUCCGCUUCUCCCAGAUCUGUGCAAAAGCGGUGCGGGAUGCCCUGAAAACUGAGUUCAAAGCGAACGCCGAGAAGACUUCUGGCAGCAGCAUAAAAACCGUGAAGGUGAAGAAGGAGUAGCCGGUGAGUCGGGCUUUGUCUAGCAGUCUCCUUCCGGUGGU